UUACCAUAGCUACCAGCAAAUGGUACAUGUUGUGCUCUUAUUGGGAAAAGGAGAGUAAUUUUACUUUCUAGCUCAAGAAAAUGGCCGAGCAGGCCAAAGAGACCCGGUCCUUUGUCAAGACUAAAGUUGCUAGUCUUGCCAGCUCUAGAAAACUCACUAAAUUGGUCAAGGAGCCGAAGAAAUCUCAAAAGCUAGUGCCCUCUUCAUUUAUGUCUAAAAUGAGUCUCAGUACUCAAGAGAGACUUCAAGCGACGAGAGAGGUCUACCCACCAAAGAUCAUAGAACUACUGGACAUAGGAGCCAGCACGACUAACAAGGAUUUUUCAGUCGAUAUUGAUCAAGCUUUGUUUCAACCAUUUCCGUCAGAACUAAUCUUUCAACAGUUGGUCCCAAACACUUCUUAUGAGAUGAUAUUAACACUAAAGAACCUUGAUAGGGUUGCAAGACAUGUUAAAGUUACUGAGAAGGACUCACCUUAUUUUAUUGUUACCAGUAGCAGACCAGUAGGACAAAAGAUUGCCCCUGGAAUGGAAGCUACUUACAUUGUACAGUUCACACCAACUGAGGAUAAGGAUUAUUAUCAUGAGUUAGUUUUUGUUACUGAGAGAGAGAAGUUUGUUGUUCCAGUCUCUGGUCUGGGCUCAAGGGGUGUCCUUGACUUCCCUGAUGAUAUUCACUUCACAUCAUCUCCAGUUAAAUACAAGUCAUGCAAGACUAUUCUGGUAAGGAAUGUUGGCAAGAAAGAAGCUAAUUUCAAACUAGAAACAAACAAGCCAUUCUCUGUGUCUCCCUCUCACUCCAUACUAGCAGUUAAUGGCUGCACUCAAGCUAAUGUAGAGUUCCUGCCAAACAACACUGGAGACUAUACUGGGGAACUAACCAUUCACUAUGAUACUGGUGAGGUGGUGUAUGUACAAUUGUAUGGAACUGCUAUUGAUGUUAAUGUGAGACUAGAUAAGAGCUCAAUACUAAUGGAGAGCACUUACAUUGGACUGUGUUCACAGAGAACAUUAACGUUACACAAUCGCACUGAUAUUGUUUCUCACUUUGAAUGGAAACUCAAAUCAACAGUAGAUGAAGAAGAACUACACAGAGAGAUUAUAAAGCAAGAGUUAAGUGAUGAAGAGGCCAGUUCAAAGAGGUCAUUGCUUGAUCGUUGUGUUCACAAUCCUUACCUGAGGGACAGGAUCUCUAUACUUGAUCAUAAUUUUGAUAAAAGGAAAGCACUUAUUAAUAAUGAAAGGUUUCUAUUUUAUGAUGAUGUUUUCUCCAUUGAUCCGGUGGAAGGUGAACUGUGGCCUCACUCACAAAUUGAUGUUACUAUUUCCUUUCAACCAGAGAAGGCUAAAAAUUAUUCCAGUGUAGCAUAUUGUGAUGUGACUGGUAGAGAGAGCAGGCUCCCCCUUAGGUUAAAGGGAGAGGGACUAGGACCUAAGCUUAGAUUCUCGUUUGAUUCGCUUGACAUUCAAAACAUUUUUGUCAAUUCUGCACAUGCAUAUGAGGUGGUAUUGGAGAACCAAGGUGACAUUGAUGCUAGUUACUCCAUGAGGCCUUCCUCGUCUCUUUUUGGUCCUAAAUUUACUUUCAAUCCUUCUUCUGGUCACCUCUCACCUGAUGGACUCCAGGCAAUACAGAUAUCAUUUUCUUCUGCUGCUCUUGGUUCAUUUGAUGAGGAGUUUGAGUGGGACAUAGAGGGAUCAAAUGAGACGCUUAAACUUAGAAUAAAUGGGUCUGUGAUAGGUCCUACAUUUCAAUUUGAUACUGAUGAGAUUAACUUCAAUACAGUUUCAUACGGGUUUCCAUCAGUCCGACAGGUUUCAUUAACUAAUACUUCUGAGGUACCAAUGAGCUUUAUACUGAGGGUCCCUGCUCAUGGCAGCAAAGGGGAAGAGUUUAUCAUCAACCCAAACAAAGGAGUCCUGCCACCCAGCCUACACCAGAAUAUUACUAUCACAUUCACUCCAGCUGAAGUAAAGGAGUACACUAGGUGCUUGGUACUUGAUGUAGAAGAGGCUGGGAAGGAAGUCUUCUCUCUACCCAUACGAGCAAAUUGUGUUGUACCUGAUGUUAUUCUCCAUACCAAGUCAUUACAUUCUUUGUGUCUCACCCGUACACACUGAAUGUACACCUUGAGAACACAUCAGAUACACUACCAGUCAAAUACAAAAUGAUUCAACAAGAAAGUGAUGCUGCCAUUGAAUGUUCAACGACAAAGCCUGAGGCUAUCAUUGAGCCUCAAGAGACACUGACUCUUCCAUUUACAAUAAAAGCUAACGGAGUCGGUCCACUAGUCUCCACAGCAUCCUUUCAUAUAGCAGGAUCAACAGAGUCACCAUUGAGACUAAAGCUACACUGCACUGGUGAGGGGCCAGUGGUCUCAGUAUCACAGGAACACUUAGACUGGGGCCUCUCACCAGUACUGACCCCCAUCAAGAAGACCCUACUCUUGUGUAACCAGUCAGAGAUUGAUGCUGAAUUCCAG